UGUCAAAAUAGGUAGCACAACGACAGCAUUUGAUCUUCUGUGGUGGGACACAUUUGGCAAGUUAUCAACAGGUUACCCCACGGGGCGACUAAUUCAAGCCCUGAAUAUUAGACUCUUGUAUAUCUGCCAUGUCCCGGUGGUGGUUCAGAGUUACAGAAUGGGGGCGACGCGUUGGAAUCUUGCGUCAAGACUCACGAGAGUCAGCGGGGGGCGACAGGGAUUACGUGCCUUCUCCUGAGGAUUUUCCUACCUUUCCUCCGCCGCCACCCAAGAUCAUCUUGCAAGACCAGACUCAGUACCUGUCCAAAGUCGCAGGCAGGAAAUUUGCAGCUCCUACAGGCUACUUCGAGGAUUCAUCAUUAUUUGCCCUUUAUCGACUGUACGAGCUAUUUAUCCUUGACCACGUUCUUGGCUAUCGCAAUACCCUCGAAGCUUUCUGGCGGCACCAAGAAUGGUCUAUUAAAGACAUACCGGACCCAGACCAUACAGAUCCAGAGCGAUACGCCUUUCUUGCUGGAUGUACGUAUUUGCUUGUCAGAUCUUUCAACCAAAGGGUCAAGAUUGGACUUAGGCGCGAUAUGACACCAUUAAUCACCCCAGAGGAAGCGGAGGUACUCAGGAACGUUCCAGAUCACCUACGACCAUAUGAAAAAGUGCCAGACUGGGCAGUGAAAGCCCCGCCUCUGGCAGAGACUCUGGUUAUUCCUACACAUGACAAAGAAGUUUUGGAAGGAAAGGAUGAUUCUCGGGCUGAUCCGGAUUUUUUGGCCAAGAAUAUCUUACUUUGGACGCCGCACAUAUACUUCACUUAAGUUUCACCCUCUGGCCAUCAGAUCUAACCGGUCAUAUCUUCCGUUCUUUUUUCUGUCUUUAAGUCUUGUAUUUCCACAGAAACCUGUCUAUCGCAAGUAUUUGACCAGCAAAUCCAUUACAACUUCCUUUUUGCCCACCACGACAAAGACAUAACAAAGAAAUGACCUUCCAAUGGCUAUAAAUGCAGGCCACCACCAAGGCAAAUCCCAGAACUAAACGUAACUAAACUUAAAAAUACACACUCUUCUCACACGCAGGGCUCUAUAUUGUACAACAUUGUUUCUUUCCCCAAUCAUAUCUCCUUGCUCUGUCUGACCUCUCUGUUCUCUCUGUCCAAUAUUCUUUAAAAAAAAAGGGGAGAUGGGGAG